AUGCAGAAAUUAUUUAACGGACUCUAUUCUUCCCUGUUAAAACAAAAUGUGGACUUUAACGUAAUACACGAUCUUGAAUCAUUACUUGAAUCACACCCGAACAAUACAAAAGUUAAUCGAGAUGAAAGAGAGAUUAUUUUAGGACCUAAUGGUGGUAAAAUUGGGAUAGCUUGUCAAGUGACAAUGGAAACAUUUGGCAGUACAGAAAUGACGACUGAAAUUUUAAGUUCUGAAAUGGGAGUUUCUAAAGAGGAAUAUAAAAGUAUGAUAGGAAAUGGACUUACAGAUGAGUUGAAAGUAACCAGACCCGAAUUUUGA